AUGUGGGUCAGUUUCGACGACCCGCUCGCGCUCCUCUCCAAGGUUCUCGCUCCGCCAUGGGAGGGCGAGCAGCCGGAUGAGCUCCCGCACACGUGCAAGCCGGCGGCGUGGGAGCGGCAGCAUGCCUGCUCCCGGGAUUGGGAGCACGACCUGCUCUGGUGCGGCCGCGCAGAGGGUAGUGUCGCCAUCCACCGCUUCAGGCUGCGAGAUCACGUGUUGGCUCGGGAGCUCGCGGCGGGCAUGCAGGCGCUGGCGCUCGAAGAGCGCUCCCGCGGCAGCUCUGGCGAUCAGGCCUCGAACGUCGGUGGCUUUCAUGGCGCCCGCGACCUGUGGGAACGGCCCGAGGUGCACGAGACUGGGCUGCCGCAGCUCGUGCGCUGCGCCGCAUGGUGGAACGCGCUGCCGCCGGGCUGCUGGAACGCGCUCCACACACACGCGGGCAGCACCUACUCUGGCGUCGUGUAUGCGAGCGGCGGCAGCCCGCGUGGCAGCCUCGCCGGCCGGCUGGCCCUGCUGCCGAGCGCGCCUCAGUCGCUCUCGCCCGACCAGCGGCAGAUUCACGUGCGCGCCGCCGCCACCACUGACGGGCUGGCAGCCGCGCCGCCGCUUCGCCCGACGGACGCGCCGUACCUGCUUCUUGAGCCGGCGCCGGGCACGUGCAUCGUCUUUCCGAGCUUUGUGCCGCACUUUGUGUUCACGCUGGGCAAGCGAGUCCGGCUCGUGCUCGAGGCCACGUGCUGA